CUAGCAUCACUUCGGAGGCUGCUUCGGAAUUCCGCCUCCUCCCGCCGGCGCCGCUGCCCUUCGCAUGGGGGAAGGCAGGGCCAGGCAGGUGCAAGCCGGGACGGGAAGGAAAGGCCGGUGGCUCAGCAGAUUUGGAGGAGGAGGAGGAGGAGGAGGAGGAAGAAAAAGAGCCCGAUCCUUGCGCUUGGGGACUGCCUCGCAGGGGCUGGAUUGGAGCAAGCAGCGCCUUCGCCUCCAAAGGGAUGCGGGCAGUCUGGCCGCAGGUGGCGAUCCGAAUAGCAUUCCCUCCAUUUGGAGAAAGGGAAGAGAAGAAAGAAGGGAAGGAAAAAGUUGACUAGUUGGAGGAACGGAAGGAUUAACCAAGACCGGGAGCCUGCAUUUUUCACAGCCAAUAUGAUGCGUUGGGUGGUCCUCCUAUCCAUGUCCGUCAUUUUCCGGCUGUUUUUUGACCUGCCCUGGAUUCAAGUGGUGCCAGCCCUUUUCAUAUUCUAUUUGGGCUCCGGUGGAUGGCAGUUCCUCCGGAUCUUCGUGAAGACGAUCAAGCGGGACGCUACGACCGCCAGGGCCGUCCUGUCGACCCGCUUGAAGAUCUGGUGGUACGUGAAACGGCGGACCACCAUCCCCGCGCUCUUCCAGCAGACGGUCCAGAGACACCCGGAGAAGGUGGCCCUCGUCUUCCAAGGCACAGGAGAAAAAUGGACCUUCCGCCAGCUGGAUGACUACUCCAACCAGGUGGCCAAUUUCUUCUACGAGCAGGGCUUCCGCUCAGGCGAUGCCGUGGCCCUCUUCAUGGAGUCCUGCAACCAGUAUGUCGGCCUCUGGCUCGGGCUGGCCAAGAUUGGGGUGGAGACAGCUCUCCUGAACUCCAACGUGCGGCAGGAAUCCUUGGUCCACUGCAUCCAGAUCUCCCACGCAAAGGCCAUCGUGUUUGGAGGCGAGCUGGCCGAAGCCUUGAAGGAUGUCCAGCCCUCCCUGGAUAGAUCCACCCGCCUCUUCUGCUCCGGUGAUCCACAGGCCGCCAGCUCCCUACCUGGGGUGGAAGAUCUCGACUCUCCGGUUGCAAAGGCCCUGCGCCAACCGCCCAGCCCACCGGACAAGGGAUUCUUAGACAAACUCUUCUACAUUUACACUUCCGGAACAACGGGCUUGCCCAAGGCAGCAAUCAUCGUCCACAGCAGGUAUUUCCGGAUGGCGACCCUGGUUUACGGGGGCUUUCGCAUGACGCCCGAUGAUGUGCUUUACGACAGUCUCCCUCUCUACCACACGGCAGGGAACAUUGUGGGGAUCGGGCAGUGCCUCCUGCACGGAAUGACGGUGGUGAUCCGGAGGAAGUUUUCAGCGUCUCAGUUUUGGGAUGAUUGUGUCAAGUACAACUGCACGAUUGUACAGUACAUCGGGGAGAUUUGCCGGUACUUGCUGAACCAGCCGUCGAAAGAGGUGGAGCGUCAGCACCGAGUCCGGAUGGCAUUGGGGAACGGCCUGCGGUCCUCCAUCUGGAAGGAGUUCGUGGAACGUUUCGGCAUCCCCCAGAUUGCUGAGUUUUAUGGCUCCACCGAGUGCAAUUGCAGCGUGGGGAAUUUCGACAACAAGUUCGGGGCCUGUGGCUUCAACAGCAGAAUCCUCCCCCAUGUUUACCCCAUCAAGCUAAUCCGGGUCAACGAAGACACCAUGGAGCUGAUCCGGGGACCAGAUGGGCUUUGCCUGCAGUGUGAACCAGGGGAACCAGGUCAGCUGGUGGGGCGCAUCGUCCAAAGCGAUCCGUUGCAGCGUUUUGACGGCUACUUGAACCACGAGGCCAACAAUAAGAAGAUCGCCCGAGAUGUCUUCACCAAAGGCGACUCUGCCUACCUCUCAGGUGACGUCCUGGUCAUGGACGAGCUGGGCUACCUGUAUUUCCGAGAUCGCACGGGGGACACCUUCCGCUGGAAGGGCGAGAACGUCUCCACGACGGAGGUGGAAGGCACCCUCAGCCGGAUCCUCAGCAUGGCGGAUGUGGUGGUCUACGGCGUGGCGGUGCCAGGCACGGAAGGGAAAGCUGGCAUGGCUGCCGUCGUCGAUAAGGAACAUUCCUGCGACUUGGAGCGAUUUGCAGCAGAAAUGAAGAAAGCGCUGCCUGCCUACGCCCGGCCGGUUUUUCUGCGCUUGCUGAAGGAAGUGCAUCAGACAAGCACUUUCAAGUUCCAGAAAGUCGAUCUGCGCAAGGAAGGCUAUGAUCCCAGAGUGGUGAAAGAUAAAUUAUUCUACUUGGACUCUCGAGAAUGCCGGUAUAAGCUAUUGGACGAAGAAAUCUUCGAAAAGAUCCGGUUGGGACAAAUCAAGCUGUAAAAGGGGAGGGGGGAGAAAUCAAAAGGACUUUUUUCCCUCCUCAAAAACUGAUCAUAUCCUUCGGUGCAAGGAAUUGGGAUUACAAUGGGGCAGGAAAACUGGAAACGGUCAAGUCAGUUUCUGGGUUUGGGUUCCCUCCCCCUUGUUGCCGACCACCUCCCGACCUGAUGCCAGAUUAGAGGGAAAAAAAUUACGUUUCCCAAAAAAGGCACUGCAAAUCUUAGUUUUUAUUUGAUUGUGGGUUUUUUUUUUUUUUCUGGCAGCUUGGACGAUUUUACGUAGCGUCGGCUUUACCAAAGCACAGAUGAUAUUUCAGCUUUCUUUUCUCCUUUUGGGAAAGGGUGGAUCUCUAGCAGAUCCCACAAGGACUAACUUUCUUUGUCCCUUAGCUGGGACUCCAAAGCUCAUCAUCCUCCGUGUCUUAGCAGGAAGAUGGUUGAGGUGGCA